AUGGAAAUUCUGGGCGUGAAAUUUGCACCGUUAAAUAUACCGUUGGAAAGAAGAUUACAAACGUUGGCUGCUGCGAUAUGGACUUUUGUAACCCCUUUCGGUAAUUUUUGGGGAUAUUUAAUUACUGUUUAUCUUAUAUUCUACACAGAAACGCUACGUUAUUUCCUGUUAUUAUAUUUUCUCUGGAUGUAUUACGAUUGGGACACUUGUCAUAGUGGUGGUAGAAGUGAAAUGUGGACAAGAAUGGCAAGAAAUAAUGCGUUUUGGCGUUAUUUUUGCAAUUAUUUUCCGUUAAAAUUAGUGAAAACAGUAGAUCUAGAUCCCAAAAAAUCGUAUCUUUUUAUUGGUGUACCGCAUGGCAUUUUAUCGAUUGGAAUAUUUGGUUCAUUUGGAACAGACAUAUUGAACUGUAAGAAGCUAUUUCCUGGACUAGAAAUCCGUCCAAUUACUCUCGAUCAACACUUCAAAACACCUAUAUUCAGAGAAUAUCCUUAUUCUUUAGGUACUUGUGCUUCUAGCUUGAAAAGUAUCAAGUAUUUAUUAUCAACACCACCAAAAAAUCCAUAUACCGGAAGAAUUACAGUUCUUGUUGUCGGUGGUGCUUCUGAAUCGAUGGAAUCAAAGCCGGGUACAUAUCGUAUCAUUAUAAAAAGAAGAAAAGGAUUUGUAAAACUAGCUCUAAAGUACGGUACGGCGUUGGUUCCUGUCUUCUCUUUUGGCGAAACAGAUUUAUACAAUCAAAUAUACAGCCCAGAAGGAUCGACUUUCAGACGCAUACAAAACUAUAUUCGCAAUCUCAUUGGAUUAGCACCCGUUGUUUUUUCGGGCAGAGGAUUCUUUCAGUAUUCAUUUGGUCUUAUUCCGAAGCGAUUACCUGUCACCGUAGUGGUUGGAAGUCCAAUUGAACUACCGAAAAUAGCUGAACCUACAAUUGAACAAAUCAACGAAUAUCACGAAAAAUUUAUGAAAAGUUUAGUUGAACUCUUUGAAACGCAAAAAUAUAAUUAUAUAAAAAAUGCGGAGAAUAUUACUCUCGAACUAUGA